AACGAAAGCAAGGAGCGAAGUGUUAUAAACUAAAUAAACUUGGAUGGAAAUAUAUUAAUUACUUAAGAUGGCAGAAUUUGAUGAAGUUCUUAAUUUGUACAACUUUAGUGAAAAUCUUACAAAUACGGAAUUACAAUAUUUGGCAUCUUGGCGUAAUUUAUCCGGACAAAAGGCCAUAUUUCCCGUAUCGACAGGGGUACUUACAAUUCUUGCGUUACUGUAUGGUUCUAUAUCCCUAAUUGCUAUAGUUGGCAAUGGCCUUGUUAUUUUUGUUGUAACAAGCCGGCGAAAAAUGCAAACAGUGACAAACGUUUUUAUUGCCAAUUUGGCCUUAGCAGAUGUUGUUAUUGGUAUAUUUUCCACUCCUUUCCAGUUUCAUUCCGCUCUAUUACAAAGAUGGGUGGUAGCGAGAUUCAUGUGUAAGACAGCUACGUUUGUAAAAAAUCUGUCCGUCAUCGUUAGCAUAUUGACGCUGACGCUCAUUGCCAUUGAUCGAUAUGUUGCUGUGAUGUAUCCUUUGCGAGCUGGUUUCAGGAAGAAAUUUGCUAUAAUUGUAUUAUUUAUGAUUUGGACAAUAGGUACCGUGUCGAGUGUGCCUGACCUACUUUUUUACAACGUAAUAACAAUAUUUGAUAUAAAGUAUUGGGCUAAGAAACCAAUUUGUAAAGUCCAAUGGCCUUCAAAGGAUUUUUCUCGUUUUUACUUCACAUAUUUACUUUUGUUACAGUACGUCGUGCCUUUAUCAAUUAUAAGUAUUGUUUACCUUCGCGUAGCUCACAAAAUCUGGGGCAGCAAAGUACCUGGAAAUGAAACGGAACACAAUGACAUUCGCGCUGUUAACAAGAAAAAGGUUGUUAAGAUGCUGAUAAUUGUUGUAAGCCUUUUUGCCUUCUGUUGGUUACCACUUCAAAUAUACAAUUUUGUGUCAGCUUUUUAUCCCAAAAUAAACAGAUUUAAAUACAUUAAUAUAGUUUGGUUUUGUUCAGACUGGUUGGCUAUGAGUAAUUCUUGUUACAAUCCUUUUAUUUAUGGACUUUUAAACGAAAAAUUUAAAAGGGAAUUUAAAAACUUACGUCAGAUUUGUACAAAAAAGAAAAGAAAAGGCAGCAAUUAUUUGAAUGAGUAUUCUGACAGGAAUAACCAGAGAACCAGUAUACUGUACCAAGGUAGUGAAAGUAGUCACGAAAGAAGAAACCAGUCGAGGAAACAAAAACGUAGCGUUUGUUUUACAAGAUCCUGUAAUCAGUCUACGAAAUGUUAAAAAACACGUAAUUCCUUGAGAAUAAUUAGCCAAUACUACAAAUCUUUAUACAAUAUAAUAGUUCAUUGACGAUUUACAUUUUAACAAAAUUUGUAGAAGGCGGACAAUUGAACUUUAAAUGAUACUAAUAACACGAGCAAUACAUGAAUGAGAAGAUAAAAAAGAACGAAGAAAAUAGAAGUUCAAAAUGCCAUUGAGUGUUCUUACUUAUGGGAGCCCUGUAACUAAAGAAAUCCUUAUCUUAUGUUUUAAUACUUUGUCACUACAUGACAAACCGUCUCACCAGACUGCGUCUUAUUAAAAUGUAAUAUUUAGUAGUUUGUUUUAAUAUGACAACAUUGUGUAUUUGUUGAAUAUACAUACCAGCAUUGGCAGUACUUGUUCUGUUAUCAAAUAUUGGCAAAUUUAGAUAUACGUCUAUUGAUCUUU